GUAAGAAGUAAAAAAUGUUGCUAGCUUAAAUUUUUAUCAUCCCCUAUCUUAGGUCAUUAAGCUUUUCGUUUUCUCGUGUCCUUUCACAUAUGCAACCGGGAAAAGGGUUUGCAUAGAAGUUCUCCUCAUGUUUGGAGGAACGCCCUGGGUGUCUGGGCGACGGAGCCCCAGUCCUGUUCUUAUGCAACUCUUGCACUUUGCUUGCAAAUUCGUCCCAUGGGCUGAUGGUCUUCCGAAACCCUUCAAAUCUCCGGUGACCGGUGGCUACUUUAGCCAUGUUACCAUCAUAGCUAUACAGAAAAACAUCGCUCUCGAUGGCAACGAUGUAGUCAAUGGCGGCCAGCUGAUUCUGUCUAUUCCUAAAGCUAUCCAUCUCCUCUUCUGUUGCUAG